CGUUAGUCCCGCGGACACGUUUCCAGCCGGGGCUGUUUUCCGUGCCCGGGGCGGUUUCGGUUGCGCGCCGGCGGAAGCGGAAGUGGCGGCGGGCGGGAUGGAGGAACCGGAGAUGCAGCUGAAGGUGAAGAAAGUGACGGACAAGUUCACGGAGAGCCUGUACGUGCUGGCCAACGAGCCCUCGGUGGCGCUGUUCCGGCUGCAGGAGCACGUGCGGCGCUCGCUGCCCGAGCUGGCCCAGCACAAGUCGGACAUGCAGAGCUGGGAGGAGCAGAGCCAGGGAGCCAUUUACACCGUGGAGUACGCCUGCAGUGCCAUCAAGAGCAUGACUGACAGCAGCGUUUACUUCAAGAGCAUCGACAGCCUGCUCAAGCAUUCCAUAGCCAUGAAGGAGCAGCUCAACGCUGCCCAGGGCCGCAGCACCAUCACCCCCCAAGCCAAGAAUCCUCCAGGCACUUCCUGAAUUUCUGAUUUUCCAUCCUGAAUUUCCCAGCCUUGGGAAGAAGCCAAAAAACCUCUGGGGCUGCACAGGUGGAGAAUCCCCUGAAUUCCCAGGAAAACACAAAAAAGAAGAGCUGGAAAAUCCCAAAUCCUGCUUUUUGGGACCUCUUUUCCAUGGAAAACAGGGUGGGUUUGUGUUUUUCCUUCCCUUUUUUUGUUUCCAGGCUUUUUUUUUCCCCAAAAAACCUCCCAGAUGAGGUCUUGCUUUGGGAAUUUUGUGUAAAAAGCUGGAAUGUGAGCAGCACUCCAGGCUUUUGUUGAGGAGGAAUUCUCCAAGGAGAAACUUUCCCAGCUGCUGCCAAGGAAUUGCUGGGUUUGGUUUUAAUGAGGACGAGAAUAAAAAGGAAAAAAAAAAACCAAACAAACAAAAAAAAUCUCAAAAAAAAACCAACAAGAAAAUUCCUUUUGAAGGUUUUCAGCUUUUCUCCUGUGGCCGUGGGAGCUCGGAGCUCCUUUUUUAUCCUGAGGUUUCCAAGGGCACGGAGCAAAGGAAUGUGGAAUUUUGGGCUUUCAAGGGAGAAAAAAUUCCUUAAAAUACUACAAAAAAAAAUUUUAAAGGA